AUGUCGUUGGCUAUGGAUAAAGCCUUGAUGGCUCUUUCGUUGGAUGAAGAAGACGUGCUGUUUGUGAUGCCUGAACUCCCUGGCUUCAGCUCAGCAGAGGAGAACAAGCUCAGCCUUAUCGGAAGGAUUCUUAACCCUCACAGACAAAAGAUGUCGAACCUGAUACGGAGAAUGCCUCGCAAAUGGCAAAAAGAAGGAAAAGUUCUUGGGAUAGCUUUAUCCCAAGAGCGUUUUCAGUUCAUUUUCAAGACUGAAUAUGACCUGGAAUAUCAAGUGGCGGUGGAGCCAGCCACAGGUAGAGCUAAGAUUGCUAACGCGGUGCUUGAGGAAAUGAGACGAUAUCUGUUGGCAGACACUGGAGAGAGUCAUGAAGUGAAGGUUGACAAAGUCAGGCGUUCUGUGGAGGAAGCUGAAAAGGAUACGAUGGUGCAGAAAUGUAUGCUCAGUCUGGAAGCUCCGCCUAAGUUCACUAACGACCUUAACAGAGGAAAAGGGAUCGUUUUUGACUAUGAAGAGAAUGUGGGUGACUCCAGUCAGUUGAGUGUGCAGAGCUACCCUCCUAAAUUGAUGGCAGACUCUUUCAAAGCUCAGAAGGCUCUAUCAAUCUUCUCUGCUCCUGGUAGACUUCUGCUGUGUGAGGAAGAAUCUAGCAUGGCUGUUUCUAAACCUGUCUCUAAUGAACUUCCAACGGUGUUCAAAGCAAACUCGUUUGCUCCCUGUUCUUCUGGGAAUUUCAAAAAGAGAAAUGUGGUUAGAAAAAGACCUCCAAAGUCAGUAAGGCAACAAAGAUACAGAGAGGUAAAGGCAGUUCAGCUAGAGGAGAGUGCUGGACAGCGAGAGGGCAAGCAGAUUCAGAUCAGCAAGAAGAGGAAGUGCGCACAUGAGGAGGUGGAGGAGAAAACAAACACAAAGGCAGUGUGCCUUAAGGCGAUCCCAAAUGAGGGAUUGCCCCCAUCUCAAUGA